AAUUAUAGUAAUAAUAAUAAAAAAAAACCAGACGUGAAAAAAUAGAAACCCCUCUAUCUCCUUCAAGUCUGGAACAAAUGAGCCCUCUAAGCACCUGUAUCUAGGGAAAAAACAACCAGCCCCUGCCAAACUCAGGGGAAAGUCCCCACACCCACAUGCCAUCACCACCUCAGUUCAUUUAAGUCCAGGAGCUUUUUCCUUCCUUUUCCCUGUGGGUUAUGUGCCUCAGCUCAGGAGUUAUGCUCCUCCACUGUUUUCCUCUACUGGAGUUUUCUUGCAGAGCAAGACCAGCUGGCUUUUAUUUUUGAGUCUUAAAAAAGGUACUCAUGAACUCUAAGGGAAGCCCUCUGGUCAGGGCUGUAAGUAAGGGAAAAGCCUAGGGAAAUACGAAUAGAUAGUGCUUUAUUCUCAUGAUGGUGAUCAUCUAGCUUGGCUCCCUCAUUCCUGCAGAGAGUCUCAUAUCCUAGGGCUGAGCAAGAGGAUGCCAUCGACCGUUUUUCACGCCAAGAGUCUGCAGGUGGUGAAGAGGCCACUACCAGAGUUCUUCCCAUGUCAGGGCCUUGAUGUGAAAAACAUGUAUCUAAUUUUCAGCCAGAUUUUUGGUUUUAAUUUUGAACCUCUGGUCCUCCUUAUGUUCCUCUACUGGAGUAGAGAAUCUACCUCUAUUUCACAUCUUCUUCUCAUGGGAAGAAAAUAUCAAAGAUGCAUUGUAAGAGCAUAAAAAUGGUCGUACCAAUGGUCUCUCUAUGGUGCUCUGCUAUGGCCAAUACAAGAUCCCUAAGGAAAGGCAUUGAGAAUCAAGGCAUCAUGUAGAAGCUUCCUGCAAGCAAGAGUCAAGGACAUCCUGAGCUGGCAGUCAUACCAGGUCAUCACAUUCAAAAGCCAGUGAGGAACUGAUCCUCCACAAAUUACCUAAUCUGUAUUUGAAGUCAUUUAUACUCCUGCUCUCCAUAACAUCCUAACAUCCUCUAACAAUAAUUACACUAUCUUUGUGACAUGCAAAAUGAAUUUCCUCUUGUUUGCAGUAAAAUUGCUGCCUGAGCUCACCACUGUUUCCUUCAGAUUAGGUAAAAGAGAUCAAGCAUCUCAAGUUUAUUCAUUUCAAAGCAAGAUCUUCAGGCUCCCAAGUCAGAGUUGGUUUGGUUUUAUUUUUGUACCACUCUGCUAAAUCCUUUUCCCACAUCCAUUUUCAAAAUAUGGACACGUUCCAGUAACUUGUGCUGUAAACAGAGGUAACACAAUCUGUUCACUCCAUGAGAUCCCAUCUAAUACAGCAUGUAUCAUCUAUCUCCCUCCCUGGAGCCUUGUCUUCCCAGGAUACUGUAUUAUGUUGCGGAAGUGUGAUUCCACAUACUUUGUUCCUCCAUGUAGAACCUUAUGUUUUAAUUCUAAGUGUGAUUUUACCAGGGGUUUUAGGAGGUAGUUACUUCCCAUUAACUUGGCCAAAUAUAUGCACCAUGCCAGGAGAGACAGUCAUACCUGCAGAGCUGUGUAGCCCUUCUAACCAUAUUUUGUCAUUGUAAGACAUCCAUGAACAUCAGAAAGCAUUUAGAUGUUGAGCAGCCUAUCACUGGAAGCUCACACAGUCUGAAUUUCUAGGACACUUUCAUCUCAUCAGCAAAGCCUCUGAAGUAUUUACGCAGGACACAAAAGCAUUAGCUGCUUUAUCUUCUCCUCUCACACACGCUGUGCAGCUAAAGAGAGUCCUUUGGUCUUUUGUGGCUUUCUGAGAAAAACCUGGCAGAGAAGCCUGUAAGAGUGGAGAGAGCACUGCGCAGCAUGGAAUGUUCACCUCCUGUAGAAUGGGACCUGACACCUGCAAACAGAAACUUCUUAGCACCAGGGAAAAUUAUCAAUGGCACCAAACAAACAAAAAAAAUCAAGCUUAAACCCAUGUUUUCUGCAUGUGGCCUCAAUUGCACCACAGUGACCAGCUCCUGGCAGAACUUCCUAAUAUUUAGUUGGCUCCCCAUCUUGGGAAACCAGACCUCUCCCAGCCCUCCUUGUGACACAGGAGGUCCCACCCCUUCUUGGGAAUUUUGAAGUCCAUUUAUAGUUCUAUCUCUUUGGUCCCAGCCUCCUUUGAGGGUGAGGAAGAUUUAGAUCUUACACCAAGAAAGCAUGCUUUACGUGCCAGCAUAGUGAGAAUGGGGGUAGCUCCAGAGCCAGAGGGGUCUCUUUGCAGUGCUAAAGGCAAGAACACAGCAAGCAGUGAUUAUCCAUAAUUGAAAGUGUUCAGGAUUUUCCUGAGCCUGGCCCUGAGCAACCCAGUCUAGUUUGAGAGUCACUCUGCUGGGAGCAGAGGGGCGAAGUAGAGACCCCGGAGGUCCUUUCCCACCUGAAUCUUCCUGUGAUACUGUGACUAACAAACAAGUGGGUUUAUUUGAUUUUGUGGUGUUUUUCUUAGUGAGGCAGUAGAAGAUAUCUUACAAAAAGAUGUAGGCUGCUACCUGCCAUGAGGUGCCAAGUGGAGAGGAAAUUGAAAAAACAGCUCAGUUGCCACUACAUUCUGAAUUGCAGUCUGGCACACAAUUGUGUUAAUCCAGCACAAAUGCGUAGUGUUGCAGAGAGGGGCAAUCCCAUCUUCCCUUUCAUCUCUCCUGCUGCCUCUCUUUUGUCAACACUGAUGAGCAGCAGAGAAUUGAUCCAGCUGAAAACUAAACUGUAAAGGAAUAAAUCCAUUUUGAUUUACAAUGAGUCCUUUCAGUUUAAAAAUGCACCAUCUCCCUCCCUAGCAAUUUUUUGUUCAAAGCAAAGUGGUUGGGGAUCACCAAAUCAGAGACUUUAUUCUCUUCAGGACUAUUCUGGAGCACUGCUGUGCCCCUCCUUGCUGUGCCAUCAUCCACAGCAACUUUCCCAGUGAUUGUAUUCUUCUGCAAAUGAUUUUUCAUAGCAUCACUGCUCCUUUAGUUACCCUCCACUUUUUCAUAUCUAGCUUUCCCACUAAGAAAGAAACAACAUAUUCUCUAUUUAGCCUGCAGCUUCCAGAGCUCCAGUGUACCAUGAGAUAUGGGCUCCUGUUCUCCUGCCAUGAUGCACCAUGAAAACACAGCACGUGGAUCAGACCCACUUUUCACAGUUCCUGGGGACACAGGCAAAUAGGCCUAGAGCCAGAUCCCUCUGUGCUCUGAUCAAUGCUCAUCCUCCAGCAUCUGAAACACGACAAGGUGCCUCUUCUCUGUUGGAGAACCCCAGGUUACUGCCCAGAGUAGAAUACAGAGAGGAUUUGAGCCCCAUGAGCAGAAGGCACAUCCUUCUGUGGCAGUUUUUCUCUGAAGGGAUACAGUACUGCCAGUUGAGAGCAACAGCAGCAAUAAGGAUAUGAGCCUGGAAUAUGUGGAUUGGCCUUUCUCUCUUUUAUGGCACUUUCAGAGAUUUUGUUUGCUUAAUAUUUCUGCUAAUGCUCUCCUGCUUUCUGGGCUAUCCCUGGUGUCCAGCACUUGUAUGUCAUCCAGCUCUGCUGUGGACACUGGAGCUUCCAGUCCACUAGGUCCCAAGGACCCUGCAGAUGGUCAGACUCUUUCUCUCCAGGUACCCUGGGAGAAACACAUUUUGGGAGUCCCACUCUCAGACCAAGGUUCAGCUCCCAUCAAAGUACUCCUCAGCUCAUACCUGAGUUAAGGCAAUGUUUCAGGACCACUCAGCUGCUGCCCCAGCCUCUCAGCAACAUGUUGGGUCGGUGCCUGACUCCUUCACCUCAGUGUCAAGGUCACUGUAACUGAGAGCAAAGCUGGCACGUGUCUCCCAUCCCUCUUUGCUCUUGAGAAAACCCAGUGCAGCUCUGGGAUGUUUGGGAGGCUAUUGCAUGGUUUUUUAUUGGAUUAGAAGCAUGAACACUACAAUGAGAAGGGAGUCAAAAUAUAACCUAGUUUGCUGCAUGGAUUUUUGUAUUUUAUCCACCCCACCCUCUGUGUUGCAAAACAUGGAGGUUGUGGCAUCAAAAAUAUCACUUAACUAGAUAUUGGCCAAGGUACUGAUAGCCAUAACCAUCUCCACAGGUAGCUGUGAUGACCAAUAAUGAUUCUGUAAUUGUCCCAUCUCUCCUUGAGGAAGAAUCUGGAGGUCUUUUGAAAGAGAAUAGUUACACAGUCCUCCACAGCGAAUGCUGGCCAGACGCCAAAUAUGCCCAUGAAUGCAGCAUAUUUUCUUCAGUAAUGAAAUCAUUGGGGGGUUUGUUAUGUUUUGGGGUUUUUUUUAGCAGAAAUCCAGCCCACAACUUUAGUGAGAUCCCCCCAAUGUUGUUUCUGACUUUCUAAUUCAGGUUUCUCUGGGAUAUGCAGCUGAGUAUUGUCAUACAAAGGGUACUCACCUUCUAGCACUGUAAAGAAAGAGGCUGCAGAUUUGUCCAAAGACCCCAUAAAGCUAUGUUUUCUUAAAGGUGCUCUCACGGGAUUCUGGGAAGCAGGGCACUGCUGGACUCUCCUCAGUGCCAUAUCAGAGACCUGUGGUGACUCAGGCAUUGCCCCCCUAAAAAGGACCCUUUCAAAAAAGCCUCCCAAUCAGGCAGCCAGUCACUCUGCCUCCUCCUAGCACUUCUGCAGUGGCUCAUUUUGGUUGUGCCCAGAUCUACUGGGAGAUGGAAACUUUCUCUUUUCCGGUGCUCUUCUCCUCGCUGCUUUUUGGGACCUGUCACCUCAGAUGAAUGUGUCCCUUCUCCAAGACCACCCUCUGAUGUGUGGUGUACCCAGCCCCUGGGGAGAUAACAUGCUGCUUCCAGGCAUCACGAAGCAUGUUUGGUACCCACCCUGGACUUAAUUUCAUAUACAGAAUGCACCUCUGGUUGGCGCCUUGGUAGAAACUAUCAUGGCCCUUUGUGUGGGCAAAGUGGCUUGCAUUCCUCUACCUCAAGGGUGCCUAUUUUGAUGCAUUACCCCAUUGUGCAUCUCACAGAAAGCCUGCCAAGCUGUGGACACCAGCUCUUUCUGCCUCAGGGUUCUGCUGCUUGACCUCUCUGCAGCAACAAAGUGUUGACUUGGGAACCACUGCAUCUGUCCCAAGUGCCCAGAGAAGGGCAGCUCCACUACUUCCUCUCUGCAGCUGAGCUUAGAUUUCUUUUAGUUCCCUAAGCUUCCCAGUCAGUGCCAGAAAUCUCGCAGUUAAUCCCAGUCUGAUCCCUGAAAACCCUGUUGCCUGUGCAGGCGCCUGUUGGGUACCAACCUGCCCAGCAGCUCUUGCUCACACCACAUCCUUGCCAGACCUUCCCUUCUGUUUCCCCAGGUGUGGCUGCUUUUUGUUUACAGUUCCUUGCCAUGAAGUUAUUAGUUAUCUCCCAUUAGUAAGGAACUUGGUUUUGCCUGCUAUGUUUGCUUUAGCACUGGACAAACAGCAAUCAGGAUGUUUUACAUGAGGUCCUUCUGGCAAGCACUCUAUCUCAGGAACACCCAGGCAAGCUGAUAACCCAGUCUUCAAGUCAUGGCAUGGUUUCCUAGAUCAGCUGAAGUCUGAAAAUAAAUUCUAGAGCACCUGAGAAAGUCAGCAUAAAGUGGAAGAUUGUGACUACUUUCAGAUUUGAUGGUGCAAGGACCAAAACAUGAAAGUGGAAUCACUCAGAAAAACACGGUAUUACAGAAAUCUGGAAACGCAGUGGAAAAUUCCUUCAGCAAGACUAACUCAAUGAUACUGCAGAACAGUGUUUUCUAUUGCUAUUUUUCUUGGUGAGUGUAGUUUGCAUCCAUAAGACAUGCCAAGAGAGACAAGAAGAGCAAUGUAUUAAGGCUGUGCACAAGCUGACUGCUGUGGUGAAGUCUGGAACCUGGCUGAAGCUACUAAUGCCGAACAAAGGAGCAUUUAGUGAGCUGGGCUUCUAUGUCCCUGCCCUUGACUACUUCUGUUGCAGCCUGCCCCUCAUUCCCCAUGGCUCUGCCAGGGUCCCACACAUCCCUGUCAGCCUCUCUGCCCAGGGGACCCACGCAGGCAGUUCAGAGAAGAUGUCCCUGUGCUGAUCUCUCUCUGGUCACUGUUAUCUCUGCAGCGGGGUCUCAUUCUGGGAGAUGACGAAAAUGCCAUUCGAGGGAGUCAGCAUUAAAAAUGGGUCGUUAGAGAGAAACGUCACAGUGUCUUUGCUAAAGAUAGCCUGGUGCUGAGUAAAACAGUGCCUCUAAAACCUUCCUUUUACAACAUGCUCACUCAGCAUAAUAACCCCUCGGCCCCAAACACCGCUCCCCAGUGCCAGGCAGCUCCUGUCAUUUUCCUGGGCUCUCCAUCAGUCUCUUGUGACCACCUCUUGGGAAGCUGUAGCAGGAUGGGACUACGUCCUCUGCUUUGCUGAGUCUUACAAGAGAUAAGCAUUUCCUAGAGCAUGGAUUCCUUUAAAAGUGGUUUUGAGGGCUAGAGUGGAAUAGUGCCAGGGUGCCAAGGCUACAAGCGCAGCGAGAGUUGAGAUGGAGGGAGAGAGCAAUGAGCUCGGUGUGUCCCUCAAGUGAGGCCGGGGGGGGAGCAGAUGAUGCUGGACUGCAGCAAUGUUUGUGUCUCCCCACCACGGUUCCAACUCCCUUCUCUCUCUCUCACCUUCACCCACACGCUCACACCAUUCUUGCACUGCUGAUUCAAGGGAAAGAAGAGGUUGAUGCUUUCUGCUUGAACUGGUCACCACAAACUGUUUUUCUUGAACAGUAGGAAAAAAACACCUCCUGACAACUGUCACAAGUUCUCCCCUAUCUUUGCUCCUCUCUUUCUCUCUCAUGCGAUCCCAUGGACUGUGUUACACAAGAGGGCAUGUGGGACCACUACAAAGCAGUCCCUCGGGGACAUGGAAGCACAUGAGGUUGCACCUGUACACCAAUCCCACUCCUCAGGAGGCUGGAGAGCCAUGUGUGAUGAAAGAGAUGAGAGCUGUCACUGCAACAGGGGUCUGCUGAAGUGAGGCAUAGCACUGGCCCUCUUUUAUCCUUCACCUUCACCACUCAGUUGAGGAAAACCAGAGAACAAGCAAGGAUCCUUCCACAGUUAAAAAGUGGCCACUAUGAGUCACCUCCCUUCCCCCAGCCUGAGGAAAAGCCCCAACACUUGGGGGAUGAGCCACCGAGGGGCUUGGGUGUCUGACACAUGUCACGAAGGGCUGAUUAAGUCCGAAAGAGUCAGAGCAGUGGGCUGCUGGAAAGUGUGAACCACAACAGUGGGGGUUCUCUGAGACAAAAUGGGCCCCAGGAUGAGGUACAUGGAUGGAAAUGUAUUGCCUUAUGUAAAGGUCAGCAGCUUAAUGGGAGCUAGGUUGAGCCCCCUCUGUGCAUGAGCUUGAGUGGGUUUUCCCAGAACUGCUGGAGGAGGAGGGUCCCUUCCUCACACUCCUCGUCGUGCCACAGUAUUCAGCCCCUCUUUUCAGUUCUGAUUCCUUCUUCUGGAUGCUCCUCUCUAUCUUCUUGGACCACCUGGGCUUUAUCCCAUAUUGGCCCUGGACUCUAGAUUGAUGAGUCACAUGUGCCCUAGUUGGAGCUCACCACAGACCAUUUCCUCAUGCUGCCUUUGAACUGACCAAUGAGAAAAAGCCAAGAAACUAGCUCAUUUGGAGGAUUAAAGAAGGAAAGAAAAAGAAAAUGAAGGAAAAAAAAAAACCAAGAAGAAAGAACAGCAGAAAUAAAGACCAACAUGUUCUUGAAAGCCCUGAAACAGUUAGAGAGAAGCUGUAAGAGACGGAAAGAUCAAACCAAAAAAGCUUUGGAUCUUGUCAAGCACGGACCCAAGUAGGAGGCAGCCCCUCACCUUUCCUGGAUGCCACCAUGAGGCCGGUGUCCCUGGUGCUGUUCCUCACCUUUGCCCUGCUGGCUUUCAGUGCUGGUCAUAUCCAAGCAGGAUUAGCGGAGGGGGAAAGCAGGGACCAGAAAAUGUGGGUCAGAGAGGGGAGUUCAGCUGUGCUGCCCUGCCACUUGAGCCCCAGAAAAAUGAGAAAGACCUUGAAGCAGCUGCCUGACAAGACAUCUGUGCAGUGGAAGAGGCAUGGGGGAAGUGUCCACCAGGAGUCACAUGUGGUACUGGAGGUGGGGUACUCAGGCCUCCAGAAGACGGCACUGCUCAUGAAGCCCCGGGUGUCACUCCAGGACUCUGCCUUACACAAUGGCGAUUUCUCCCUGCGGAUUGACCCCGUCAGGAGCGAGGACGCUGGGCUGUAUGAGGCACGGGUGGAAUACAACUCGGAGGUCCAUAGCUGCCACGUGGAGCUGGGGGUAAUUACAGUAACCCUCAGUCCACCCAAUCCUGUGGAAGAAAAUGAGCCGAUCUUGAUGAGCUGCAACUCCAGCUACCGGGCCAGCCUUGUGGAGACAUGCUGGUUCCAUAACGGGCACCUGGGCCCCACCUCCAGGACCUUCUGCUCCUUGACUGGGGCUCUCUCCAUCCUGCGGCCAGCCAUGAGUGAUGCGGGCUCCUGGCACUGCCAGCUUCGAUACUCUGAUAACGAAAUAAUUUCUGCCACGUACAACCUGCAAAUUCUAGGUUUUGAUGGCCCAAGCAACCCUGUGGUCUAUGCUGCAGCUGGCUCUGCAGCCCAUCUACCAUGCAGCCUGAGCUACCUUCCCAGUUCCUUUCAGAUGAACAUGGUGACAGCCCACUGGAGCCACCUUGCAGGAGGACACUUGCAAGACUGGGACAUCUUCCCGAAUCUGAGUAACAGAAGCUUCCCCCUGCAUCUCCCUGUGGUGGGGCCAGGUGAUGCAGGGCAGUACCGCUGUGCUGUCUCUGUGGGCCACAAAACAAUCAGCAGGGAGGUGACCUUGGCAGUGGUUACAGUGACUCCAAGCAUCCAAGGACCAGUUUCUGAGGGGAGCCGUUUGCUGCUCAUCUGCAGCCUCACACACUCCCGGGGACAUGAACGUUUCCAGUGGAAGCACCUUGGCUCAGUCCCCACUAACAGCAAGCUGGCUGUGGCCACCCCCCAAAACCUGGAGGGCAGCAGUGCCCAGAUGGGACCUACCUUGGAAAUACCCAAAGUGUCACAAAAGGAUAGAGGCACAUGGGAAUGCAGUGUAUAUGGCCCAGAAGGCCAACUGGGAGGAGUGGAGUACGAGCUGCAGAUCACAAGUGCCCAGGUCUCCAUCCCCCCUGCUGUCUUCAGUGGGCAGGUUACUUUUGGGCUCACACUCACCCUCCUCCUUCUGCUUGCUGUCUGUGUUAUGGCUCUGGCCCUACAGAAAAGGGCACAGACUUCUGCCUUCUCAGCACUGGAAGGGAUGAUUGCAGUCCCUGGGCCACGGAAGUCAAUGAAGGAAAACCAGAAAGGGAAGAUCCAACAAACUGAGUGCUGACAGGAGCAGGGACACCAGGGCUAGUCUGCAUGGGAGGAUGAAACUCUGUGUGCCGUGCUGCAGAGAGAUGGGCGCCAUGCAGACCUGUCAGGGGGGUCUAAGGAUGGCAUGAACAAUGCAGAAGGCAUUGGGAGCUCUGUACCCGCAGAGGGGAUGGGAGCUGCCUACCAGGGAAAGGCAAGCCUCACUGCAGCAGUAAGGUGGCCAGCAGCACAGAUGCUUUGGAGCUAUUGGGAGUAUUUGAGCCAGUAGCUAUUGCUUGCUUUAGUGCCACAUCUCUGCCUACUCUUUGCCCCUCCUUCAUGGCUCCUCUCACAACCUUUCUCUGGUGGAACACCAGGAUGCAGGAGAUGGCUGGAAUCUGUCUUUCCUGCAGCCUGACGGUGUUUUCUGCCCCCCUUACUUGCUUUCUUCUCCCUCUGCCCGCACUGCCCUGAUCACUGCCCUGUUGCACAUUUUGAGAAUUUAACUUAUUAGAAACUCAUUUUAGAACUGAAAAUAAAUCUA